CCUGAGACAGUCAGUCGGCACUGAGCCGUUGUCGAGUGAGGGUCGUGUGUACGUGAAGCUCUCUCUCUUAUUUUUGGUGUGCGCGUGGUGUUGUUCCAUUCCUCUUCGUUGACGCAUUUCGUUUUAGACAUUCUGAAUUUUGAUUUAAAAAAAUCAAACUGAUUGUUUUCUCAAUUUGAUGUGCAAAACUAUUCACACGAGGAGUGUGGAUUAUGUUCCAACAUUUUUGUCUUCGGUCGGCCAUGCCAUUCGUCGAUGACUGGCCAGUUUCGGAUUGAACUUUUUUUUUUUUUUUGAUAUUUUUUUUUUAUUCACGUGUGUGUUAGUGAGUGUGUCGUGUUCUUCUUUUUCUUUGGUGUGUCCCUGUGAUUAAAAAAAAAUAAUAAUAAUAAGGAAGGGCACACAAACAGCUAAGCCCCUGAACAGACGCCAUUACGAGCGCCGCCAUCAUCUCAUCCAGACUUGUCCGAUUUCAAAGAUGGCCACAGUUUGGCGAAGGCGUCACACAUGUCCGCACUGGCUCGUCCUGCUGUUGUUAGCGCAUCUGUUGAGGCCUUGCACGUCGGUUAUUCAGGGCAUGUCGUCCGUGCUGGAAGAAGUGCUGGAACACGGCCCGCUCUUCGACGAAAUGGAGGACGAGGCUUGGUGGAGUGGCGUUGACGUCAUCGACACUGCCCUGCGGUCGUGGCCGGAAGCCGGAUCCAUGUCGGACUCGUCGUCGUUAUUAGCGGCUCUUUCAACUGGGCCGAUGGACGAGCAGGAUUUCUGUCGCUUCUGGCAAUCGAAUCGAAUGCAUUCGAGCUCUGCUGCAGCAGCGCCACCGCCGCUGCUGCCGGCGGCGGAAGCUUGCGCCCUGAUGAACAGGGCGUUGGCCUUCGACCUUUCGGCCGGAUCGAGUUCCGUCUUCUUACUGCCGCGAUUGCCUCCGCCGCCGCCCGUGCCGCCCACUCUGACCGAGCUGGUCAAGCAGCUCAAUCAACUCGGUCAACUGCAACAGGAGCAGCAGACGACGGCCGGUAACGAUGACAACGAGUGCCUGCUCUGCCAGUGGGCCACGCUCAACGGCACCAUCGAUCUCCUACCCAACUCAGAGUUGAGCAGCGAAAAUACGUGGGUACCUAUGCUUGUCGUCGUGGCGCUCGUCUCCGCCAUGUUGGGAGCCGUCCUCAUGAUCACCGCCCUCAAAUGCCGCCGGUUCAAGGUCCUACCACGAGGAGGAUCCUGUCCAACACUUCCGGUUGGUUACAUGGUGGGCGAGGGUAAAGAGGGCGUUGUCCAAUCGAACACGAGCGAAUUGAGCGGAAUGGAGACGAUGCCCAAGAACUACACGGCCAGACAGCCGGGCGAAACGAACGGAACGAUGACGUCGACGCUGGGACGUCCGAGAUUAGAAACGCCGACGAUGAACGUCGUGACGGACUCUUCCGGCCAGCCGCAUCCGAUGGAGCAGCUACAAAAGCAGAUGGCCAAAGCCAACCGGCCAGCUGAAACGGCCACCGGAUGGCGGGUGAAGCUCUGGCGCAAGAUGACCGGAUCUGCCGACGAUUCGCAUUACUGUCCGCAUCCUUACGGCGCGGAUGAGUCGGACGACGUCAGCGCGGUGUACGCGGAAUUGAACAGCGUUGCCGGAUCGACGGUGCACAGGCCGUCACCCAUUUACCACCUGAACACGUACUCUGAAAUCCGAGAGCCGCACCACGUGAUGAUGCCUCCGCCUCCGCACCCGCCUCAGCCGCAACCAGCGCAAACGUCCUCGUUGGCGGCAACGCUGCAUCUGCGCAGGCUGCUGAGCGACGGCACCUACGAGAACGCGGGAUACGCGCUAGAACGCGGCGUCGUCCUCAUGGAACACCUGGACGCCGUCAGCAACAGCAACUGCAGCGCAUCGACGCCCAGCAGCGCCUAUUAUUCGGAUUUGUCUCAUUCCGAUCGCAGCGCGUCGUUGCAUCACCAGCAGUUGCUGCAAUGGGCCAGCGGAAGCCAACAGGGGCGACCCCGUCCGCGGGUCGGAAGCGAGAGCCACGGAUCGUCGCACAGUCUGCCGGCCCAUCAACACUGUUGCCAUCACCAUCACUGCCACCAUCAGCAUUCGCGCAGUUUGCAGGAGCAGCAAAUCCGCGCCCGCGAUCUGAUGCCCAUCGCGCUGCAAGUGAUUCCCGAUAAUCAGCAAACUGUGCCCGUCUUGCAUUACCUGGCGGACGACGUGUCCGCCUCCUCCGCCGCUGCUGCUGCUGCUCACCAUCAUCAGCUGUUGUCGGCCGCCUUCUCGCGGGGUGGAGUCUCGUCUUCCAUGCGGGACGAUGGCUCUUCCGGCUCGUGCAAGCGGCCGUUGCCGCCGCUUCCGUCGCGCCAGCAACAGCGUCCGCAGCGACGCUACGCUUACGCUGUCGAUCACCAGGCCAAUCAUUCGCCAGGAGAUGAGACGCCACCUGGCGAAACGAUCGGCGGAGGUGAAUCUCCGGCUCUUUCCUGCGUCCCAUCCGAGUACGUGUGAAAAAACAAUGGCGACGAAUGAAGUGCGACACACGCGUGUUUUCGCAUUCUUCCAGUUUUCUCAUUCAAAAAUUUGCUCCACAUUUAAAGUACAUAUGAUUAUAUAUCAAUAUAUAUUUAUAUCAGCCGUGUUUCUCCGCGUGCCAAAAAUAAAAAAAAACAAUCAAACAAAAAGGGGUUGCGAAGAACAAUUAGUGUAACAUAUCCAGCCAGAAACAUCAAGUUAACAUUGUGUGUGUGUGUUUAAUUGCCGUCUUCCGAUUGCGUUUUGUGCGGGUGUGGAAUCCUAGUCAUGAUUCGAUUCCGGACCCAUGUUUUUUUUUUUUAAUUCGUCUGAAAAAAAAAAAAGGGGAAGGAUGCAACAAUUUCGUCGUGUUCCAGUUGGAAAAUGCCAUUUCGCAGAUGGACACACACACAACAAAUAAAAAAUAUCUCAACCACAGCUGGACGUCCUCCCCCCCUUCUUUUCUCUCGCUCAAUGGUCCACCAAGUCGACCGAACAAAUGAGAAGACGCGGAGAGGGAAAUGAAAACAACGGGGGGCAUCAAAUUCGAUGCCGGCCAAAGAUGUUUUUUUUCUUUUUCCCAGCUUGGAUUUGGAGGUUUCACUGUUUUCGCCAAACUCCACAGGCGUCUGCAAUUCCUCUUGGAAAGAUGAACGGAAUGAAAAGUAGAAAAAUGUUUUUUUUUCCCCUUCUCCAACAACAACAGAAAAGCUAUUGCCAUUCCAGUUACGGAUGUCUCGACACAUCCGCAACUUUGUUUUGUUUUUGAAAAUCUCACAUCAUAGCCACCGAUGGAGAAGGAUGGCCUGUUUAUCUCUUAUUUCUUUUGUCGAUGUGUGAAGCUGAUGUUUAUCCACAUUUGCAAAUUCGUUUUGCAUAUAUUCAAAUGUAUUUCAAAAACUUUUUCCGUUGUGCAUAAUGUCUUUUCUAAUUGUCUUUCCCCCCCCCUCACGAAAAAAGAAACAAACAAAAUGUUGAAAUCAUCGUGUUCAUAAUGUACAUAAUAAAUAUCACAAAAUAUCCGACGGUCAGACAGGGCGAAACCUUGUUGUCAAUCCAAAUUCAAAUGAACUAAUAUUCAAUGAGAGAGAAAACAAAAAAAAAAUUUAUAAUAAUAAUUCUUUGUUUGAUUUAUUAAUGUUUGUGUGCCGCCGUGUGUGAUGGAGCUUGCCCCGCUAUUAUAAAAAGAAAACAACAACAAAAUACAACCCUCUUACUAUAUUGAA